AUGAUUGCUGUCGCAAUUCGGCUCUCCCGCCAGCAAACGAUCAUCAUCGCUGCCGAAUCUGAUGCUGAUGAGCAAUUGGCGGCCAUGACCUCUGCAAGAAAUUUCAACGGUGGCCUGUCCCACGAUGAGGAGCAACUCCCUCUACUGCAUGAUGCUUCGGUAGCAUCCGCGCCACGGUACAGCGCCACGGACAACACGGACGACGGCGACCCUCAUCGUCCGUUGGUCUCGAGGCCAAACGACCGCUCUUCCUAUGGCCGUACUGACGUGUCUUUGCGCAACGGACAAGCUUCCUCGGAUAUCGUCGUAAGGGUUCAAGCAGUGUGUCCCAAUAUCCACUGCCCCUCGUGCAUCUCGCACCUCUCGAGUCUCGUCUCGAGUCUUGCCAUCCAUGAUACCCACACGCGCAUCAGUAAUGUCGAUACUUCCUUGAUUGAUCGUACCGUACACUUUGACAUCAUCCUCUCGUCUGGUCAUGUACAGUCCAACGCCGGUACAUCCAUCGGGGGUUCCAAUUUGGCUCGAGCAGCUUCCAGGCUGGUAAAGCGUGUCGUCAAAGAAAUCGCCUCGAUUCUAGCACAAGAUGGCUUCCCUGUAGAUCACUUGCGCUCCAAAUUGGCAUCAGCAGUGUCAUCGCACGGCCGCUUCAAGGAGGCCCUUAUGUUUGUUCUGGAUGCAUCCGACCUCUACGACAAGGAGGCUGGGACUCCAUCUCCUUCUAGCCUUCCGAACCAUGCGUUUACAGCCACCUAUUAUGAAGCGUCCAAAUCCGGCACCAUCUUCGGCAACUUUUCCUCCUCGCUAGGCUCCUCCCUUCGCAACGCCCUCUCCAGAUCCAAAGCGGCCUCUCAGGAGUCAACCCGCCUCCAGCAAGAACGAUGGCGCAGGCACCUUGAGAUCUGUCAAGCCUGUCGGGAUGAUGUCGCUCACGACGGUGAUAAACAUCUAGGCACUCCUCAACACCAUUCCGAGGGAAUUGACCAGCGCCGCGUUCUUACUGACGACGCUACAUCCAGAGUGGUCGCAACUCUGUCCAUCGGCGGCAUGACGUGUGCAUCUUGUGCACAAUCCAUCACCGCGGCGCUCAAAGCAGACGCUUCGAUUCCUAUCGACACAAUCCAAGUCAACGUCAUGUCUGCUUCUGCCACGAUGACGACGCAUCCGUCGACGGUUGACAAGAUCGUCGAAGCCAUCGAAGACGCAGGAUUCGAGGCUCAAGUCGUCAAGACUGAGCCUGUAUCGCGUUCUGUUGUUCGAGAUCGACAUGUUGUCGAGCCAUACUGGACAGGAAAGCUUUCUGUUCAAGGCAUGACCUGCGCAAGUUGUGUUCGAAGCAUUACCUCAGCGCUGCAGUCCUACUCGGACCAGACCAAUCCGGAGAGUGACGUCAAAAUUCUAGAGACCUCGGUCAACCUUAUGGCCAAGUCGGCAGACGUCAAGCUCUCGACAGAGUCGGCGAGCUCAGUUGGAAGGGUCGAGGUAGAGCAGAGGCUUCGGCAGAUUGUCGGCGAGAUCGAAGACAUUGGCUUCGAUGCCGAAUUGAUCAGUGUGCAACACAUGCAGAGCAAGAACCCGACAACGCCGAAAGAUGGCUGGGGAUCGAGAGACAGGAAGGAUGAUGGCUCACAGCAGCGAUCCGUACGCAUCAAGGUGGAAGGCAUGUUCUGCAACCACUGCAUCACCCAGGUUCGCAAGUACUUUGAAGAUCGGCAGCAAGAUCCCGAUUCCGAUAUCGAACUCAAUCAAGAGGACCUCGAAGCUUUCACCUUGUCCAAACCCUUCGUUAGCUUCGUUUACACGUCGGGACCCAACUCGAGGAUCCGUUUGCGUGACGUGAUCGCAGACCUCGAUCAGCUCGACCCAGCUUUCGAGACUAGCUUUGCACCACCUGCCUCGCUCGCCUCGCGCUCGGCUGUGUUGGCGCGCAAGGAGCUCCGCGAUCUCUUGAUCCGUCUCAGCAUCACUGCUGUGUUUGCGGUUCCAUCGCUUGCCAUCUCCAUGAUUGCACCCGUCCUACCGUCUAGACACCCGUUGCGCCGCCUUCUCUCGCGAUAUGUGGUCGGAUCCGCGACUAGAGGUGAAGUGGCCAUGUGGAUCAUCUCGACUCCUGUGCAGUUCGGCGUCGGCUCCAUCUUUUUCAAGAAAGCGUGGCGUAGCUUGGCGUCAGUUUGGAAGCAGGGCCGUUCACGCACCGAUCGCUUCCUUCGAUUCGGCAACAUGGAUGUUCUUGUUGCGCUCGGCACGCUUGUCGCCUACACUUCUUCCCUUGCAUUUCUCCUCAUCGACGCCUUUCGCCCACCGUCAGGCUCAUCGAUGUUCAGGGUUCUUUUAAGCACGAACCAGGAUGGAGGCUCGAUGCCGGCCGAAAUGGGCAUGACCUAUUUCGAAGUGUCUGUGUUCCUGGUCUUCUUCAUCCUGCUCGGUCGAGCACUCGAAUCCAUCAGCAAGAAAAAGACCGGUGAUGCCGUCGCCGAUUUGGGCAAGAUGAAGCCCUCCUCCGCCUACCUCGUACUGGACCCGUCAAAUCUCGGCCAGAGCAAGACAGAGCUCAUAGACGUGGACAUGCUCGAGAUCGGCGACUUUGUGCUCGUGCCGUGCGGAGCUUCCCCGCCGCUAGACGGAACCUUUGCCGGUACAGCAACCGGCAAAUCGGAUGUUGUAGGACUUUUGGACGAGAGCAGUCUUUCUGGCGAAGCUCGGCCUGUCUGCAAGAAUUUGGGCGAUUCGCUGUUCGCCGGAACCAUCAACGUGUCUCCAACCGCCCUCUUUGCGCAGGUCGGAGUGCUUCCGGGAUCCUGCAUGAUCGAUGACAUCCUCGACGUCGUGCAAGAGUCGGCAGGCAAGAAGGCGAGCAUCGCACAGCUUGCAGACAAGAUCACCGGUGUAUUUGUUCCCGUCAUCGUCUACCUCUCGUUGCUCGUGUUCAUCCUCUGGACGUUGUUGCUGUAUUCGGGCGCUUUGACCGAGUCUUGGCAGGCAAGGCAUGUGCCGCACUAUGGCGAGCCGGGCGCCAAGCUGCUCUGGGCGCUCCAAUUCGGCAUCUCUUGCUUGUUGGUGGCCUGUCCCUGCGGUAUCGGCCUUGCUGCUCCCACGUCUCAGCUGGCAGGCAUUGGGCUUGCUUCCAAGCACGGCAUCCUGGUGAAUGGCGGAGGCGAGGCGUUCCGAGCUGCAAGCGCAGCCGCACGCGGGAGUGCCAAGCUUGUCGUUGUGUUUGACAAGACGGGUACGAUCACCAAAGGCGAGGCAGUCAAAGUCACGGACUCCCGCUUCGCACAGGGACAUGUUGCAAAACCAGACAAAGGGGAACCAGGCUUGGACCAGGAGACGUUGCUCCGCUGUAUCGACCUGGCCGAGCAGUCGAGUACCCAUCCCUAUGCGGGAGCUGUGCGUGGAUUUGUCGCCCAGCAGCUCAAAGAGUCCGAGGCUGGCGCUGCAUCGCCACUACCGAGGCUCGUGGAUGUGGCCGAAGUCGCAGGGAAAGGCCUUCGAGCGACCUUCGAGGCCGAAAAGGACGGAGCAUCCUCGACGUUCUUAUUGCUGGUCGGCAACAAGAGGCUCAUGGACGAGGUGGAGGGAGCUCACACGCGCAUGGACGCUUCGAUCAAGAGUGCCGAAGCAGAAUGGUCUGCAGCGGCCAAGAGUGUUCUCUAUGUCGGCUAUCAACCGUCUUCGGAGUCGGGAGGGAUCGGUCUCGUUCUGGCAGUCAGCGACGAGAUCCGACCCGAAGCUUCUUGGGUGAUUUCACACCUCAAGCAGCGAUUUGGUGCCGAGGUGUGGAUGGUCAGCGGCGACAACGAGGCUACUGCGAAGGGGGUAGCUUCUCAAGUGGGCAUUGCUAGCGAUCAUGUUGUGGCCGGGGUACUGCCUGUGCAGAAGAAGGAGUGGGUGGAGCGCCUGCAGCUGCCCACUCAGCAGCUGGAUCCCGAGUCAACCGUUCGAGCAUCGUCAGAGUUCAACCAGAGCCCCCGCCGGCGGUGGUGGUGGCCACGCAACACCUCGACCAAACCGCGUAUGAUCUGCUUCGUCGGAGACGGCAUCAACGACUCGCCCGCGCUCUCCUCUGCCGCUCUCGGUAUAGCACUCGGUUCCGGAAGCUCGAUCGCGCACUCAUCUUCGGACUUUAUCCUGCUCCGUCGCACAUCUCCGUUACUCUCCCUGCCUCUAUUGCUUUCGCUCUCCAACGCGACAUACCUCAAGAUCUGGAGUAACUUUGCUUGGGCAUUCGUAUUCAACCUCUGCCUCAUCCCCGUCGCUGCUGGAGCGCUGGUUGGGGUUGGAGUGGGACUCGGCCCGGCGCUGAGUGGGCUGGCCAUGGCGUUUAGUAGUACCAGCGUGGUAGUCAACAGCUUGACGCUGAGGUGGUGGAAGCCGGAGAAGGAUGUGCGGCGGAUGAUCGAGCGAACUGAAACGGAUGGCGAGCCGGCGAUGUAA